AUGAGUAGUUUCGCACCUCGACAGUCAUUUAGUAGUACAGGGGGAGGCGGUGGAGGGGUAGGAAUGCCGGGAUCACUCAGCGCUGCGGGCAUUUCAGGGAUAUCGACGAGUUCAAUCAAUAUCCGAGAUCCAAGACCAGUCAAGGAUAAAAGUUUUCAAAGGACGUUGAUUCACACCAUCUUGGGAUAUUUAACUCAAUCUGGAUUUCCGCAGACGAUUACCACCAAGAAUUUGACUCAUCCGACCAAUAAGGAUUUUCAAGACAUCUUCAAGUUUUUAUAUCUAAGAUUGGAGCCUGGAUAUGAAUUUCAGAAGAAAUUCGAAGAUGAGGUUCCGAUGUUACUCAAGACUAUGAGGUAUCCAGCAGCAGAUACAAUUUCGAAAACAUCGCUCUAUACUGUCGGAACCCCUCAUUCUUGGCCAAAUAUGCUUGCUUUACUCGGUUGGAUGAUAGAAGUCAUUAUGGUAGGUCCAUUUUCGACAACAGCAAGAUAA